CUUCCAUCAAAACUCAACACCCAACUGCAGCAUCAUCAUGACCCUUCCGACGGACGUCCUGGCUGUGCCUGAAGCACCGAUCACGUAUGACCUGAGCAAGCCAUUGACGGCGACAGAGUCGUUCCGUCCUGGUCAAGUGAUCUUCUACGAGACGGCGUUCAUUACAUCCACGGGAAGCUCGGUGCUGGAAGGGCACCAUGACGAAGAGUGCGAGGACGAAGAAUGCGACGGUUGUGUUGAAGUCGCCAACUUGGACGAAGAUGAAGUGCCCCAGGUGAACGACGAAGUGGUCGACGAUUUCGACGUGCUCAUGUCGUACUGCGAGACGACGGAAGCGUUGGCGAUCGUAGACGUGCGAAAACACUUGUUCAAGCUCUUUCGCCUCUACGAACUCGAUUCCACGAGUCUGCACGAGCUGCUGCAUCUACCCGUGGCCGCGGACCAAGCGCCGGCCUUUCUCGACGCCGCCAUCGGUCUUCGCGCGGCACAUCCAAACGUCGUGCCCCUCGGUCUCUCGGAGAACGAUGUCGCGCACCUCAUCGGCGUGCUCAACAAGUACUGCAUUCCCCUCGACGAGAUCGACAGCACGGGGCUGUUUGUAUACGUGAGCCGUCUCCAGCACAGUUGCGUGCCCAAUGCAUGCUUCACAGACGCAGGCGACUCGCUCUGGGUCACGGCCAUCGCGCCCAUCGCGGCCGGCGACGUUGUGACGGUGGACUUUUUCAAUUUGCACUACCAGCCCCAUGCUGACCGCCACGCCGUGCUGUCGGAAGCCGACUACGAAUGUCACUGUGCGCUGUGUUUAGGCCACGCACCCGAUAAAACCCGUGCGUUCAACUGUGUCGCAUGUGCUGAUGGGAUUGUGCAUCCGACCCUGGACGUGUAUGCUUGCUCGUUAUGUGACGCUGUUUGGGACAACGACCUCGUGGAGAGGGCGACGGCGGAGGAAGCGAUUUUGAUGGACGAGCUCGAAGUGUUUACGGCGUUAGCACUGCGGGAGAUCAUGGCGGCUUCUCUGCUGCACCCAUUCCACCACAUCUUUUACGCCACCUGCUCCAACCUCAUGAACGACAGCAUCGACGACACGUUGACCCCUGAACAUGCGCUGCUGGUGUACAAGGAGCUACUGGACAGUCUCAACUACGUCGUGCCGUAUCCGCAUGCAUCCAAGAUCCAGCUCAUGAACCUCAUGGCGCAGACAAGUGUGGGUGUCGGGCGCAUUGAAACGGCCCGAGCGCACUACGAGGCCGCGCACGCGAUGAGCUGCCUCGUAUUUGGGUCGACCUGUGGGGAGACGAGAUUGUUUGAGCAACUGGCGGAACAUACCCCCACAAGUGUCGACGAAAUGGCAGCUAUCUAUGGGUUUGAAGAAGAAGAGGAAGAAGAGGAUGACGAAGAAGAGGAAGAAGACGAAGGCGAAGAAGAGGGGGGGGAAGAGGAAGACCCCGCAGACCCGUCGUCGCACCAUACGAUUGAAAAUGUAUGAUAAUUGGUCGAUCGAUGGCAUUUGGGGGGGGGUUCUAUUGACCACACAAUAUUGUUGUCGUUGUCGUGGUAUUGUUACAUGCACCGUUCG